GGUGGCAUCAACACUUCAAUCAACUCCAACAUAAAUUUCAUUACCCAGAACACAACUAGAAAAUCCAUCUUCAUAACACAUCUAUGAGUGCUGUUACUAAUAUGACUACAAAUAUAAACACGCCACACAACACCCUUUAUAUAACACUAACUUCAGCUCUUACUGUCUACAACUUGCACUAAAAAGUCUCUUAUAAUCUAUAAUGUCCUUAAGCUAAGAGCAUUAUCAUAAGAGUAAAAAAUAAAUAAAAUAAAAACACACAAGAACUUCAAUUCCUCUUUGCUUAUACAUACACCCUCUCCACACUACUACCACAACCACAGUAGACCACUACCACCACGACCACAACCACAGUAUACCACUACCGCCAUCAUGUCCUUCGGUGGUGCUAAUCUUCGUUAUGGGGUUAUCAAGGAGAGCAACCGUACCGGGACCACCGCGGUGUUUGAGUGCCACCCAGGAGGCACUACUGAGGCGGCAAUCAUCCUAGCACUGGGAGUCCUCGGCAUGUCUGCUAAUAUUGUCCUCAUGACCUUACUCAUCGCCAGGAAGCAUCUCAGGAGGUGGUCGCAAGGUCUAUUGUUCCAUCAGGCAAUGGUGGACUGUGGUCGGGCAGCCAUCCUCAUUCCACUCGGACGAUCCAUCUACAGCUGCCAGCCGGUGACCAAGUGUUCGUUGGUGGAGACGGCCUUCCUGCUGCUGGUCACGGUGUCCACAAUCAACAUGUUAACAACGGUAUUAAGUCAAGUGCUGAACGACGCGCCCCUCCUGCCGGAAGACUCGGACCACAAGAUGAUGCCUCUUCUGAUGGAGUCACCGCAGUGUGUCCUCUUCGGCACCUUCAUGAUCUGGUUCGCCUCCAUCACCAUCAAUCUGGGCCCUACUUUCCUCUCAGGGGCUCUCGCUGCUAAUAUAGACGAGGAGCACAACGCGCCAUCAUGUCCGCUCAUUACUGGUCCACUGCGGCACUACGUGCUCAACGUGCUGUGGAUCAUCAUCAACGUGCUCGUGUUAUUGCUCACCGUCUACCACCUCUACAAGCUAUACCGCGACCUUUCCACCUCUUCCCUCGAGGCCGUCCGCAUCGCCUCCCUCGUCACCACCAUGAUCAGCGUCACCCAGCCACAAAACCAAGACCCAGAGUCGAGGGAACACCACCAGGUCAACAACUACAUCACCAGGAUGGAACGCGAGGGUGUAGAGAGAGUCAAGAUGUUUGUGGUGGUGACCGUCGCCUAUGUCGUCUUCUGGGGUCCUCUCUUCCUCGUCACACUCCUCACUCCAUCAGGGGGCAAGACCGGGCUAAGCCAUGAGGUGACACUACAUGUGGCCUACGUACACGCCUUCGUCAACCCCGCACUGUUCCUGGCACUCCACAAGGGUCUCAGAAAGGCCGUCACUGACAUCAUGUGCUGUCACUGUUCCUCGCACGACGAACAAACCAACCGAGCUGAGGGUUUGGCUGGCCUUCAACCCAACAUGACAACCUCUCGAUCUAGUCUGGGUGGAGGGUUGACGGGGGUCCUGGGCGGGCCCAUGAGUGCUAGUGGGGCCCUCAGUGGGGGUCUGAGCACUAGCGGUCUGAGUGGGGCUACGGCUCUGUCCACAGCGGCCGCUCAAGCCAUGCCCCCAUACUCCUCUGACGGUGACAUCACUCCGCCUCCAUUUUCUUCCAUAAACAGGCAAUAUCUAUUCAACGAGGUGAACAGUUCCCCGAGCAGCCUACGGGGUUCCCACCAGGAUCUGACCUCACAACACCGCCUACAUAUGGCCACACCCAAUAAGAACAGUAUGAAUGGGUACGUGGGGAGCGGGACCAGAGAGUCAAGAAGUUUCGGAGGUGGGCAGACAUUGGGCACCUAUGAGAAAAGGGAGACCACUCUUUGAUGAAGGAGAGUAUGCCCUCACUUAAGCAGGACUAAAGUUGGCGUAAACUACAGGACGUAGCGAAGCCGCCCCCAGCACCCACCAGCCUUUGGACUGAGGACAGUUUGACGCAGACGCCAGAACCCAGCAGCCGUUGGACUGGUGACAGGUGGCCACAGUCUCCAGCUACCAGUAACCGUUGGACUGGGCUCAGGUGGCCACUGUACUCAACAGCUGGAAACCGGUACAGUGGGAGUAGAUGGCCACAGUCUCCAGCUACCAGUAAUCGUUGGACUGGGCUCAGGUGGCCACUGUAUUCAACAGCUGGAAACCGGUACAAUGGGAGUAGAUGGCCACAGUCUCCAGCUACCAGUAAUCGUUGGACUGGGCUCAGGUGGCCACUGUACUCAACAGCUGGAAACCGGUGCACUGGUGGCAGG